GAGUGGUUGUGUAUCAGUGGGAGUUUGCUCCGCCGAUAGAUCAAACAAUCCACCCGUGUGGAUAUGAUUUAUCACGAAACGACAGAACAGUGCGAAAGAAAUAAAUCUUCGAAGAGCCGGGAAAAAUCCCACACCCCACAGCAUACAUCCGCUUGUAGCAUUCCCAGCCAAACUCCCGGCAGCAAUAUAAAUCCAAAUCAGUGCCAUCCAAAUCUGGAAGUAAAAUCCCAACCACCUCGACGACGGCGACGGUUUGAUCGUCCCGACAACCCCCUUCAAGUGCAACGCAAGAGUUUACGCCGGUCGACGGUCGGACACGCGCCGUCACGCAGCUUCUUCCAGUGACCGUCGGGACCGUAAAGUGCAUCCGCAUGGUGACAAUAAUCAUACCCAUAUACGUAGUGAUAGUCGUGUUCGUCACACUGCUGGUAAUACUGUAGGGAACGCAGCAAGCGCACCGGUGAAGCCUACCCAAAUGAUCGUCCAUCGCGGCAGUGCGACGGCCGUUUUCCGAUGUUGUUGCGCUCCGUGCUGCUACGGUAUAGGUCGGCUGGGGUGGACUGGUGCACGUGUCACCGUUGCUGCUGCUACACUGCUUCCGCUGUGCGCUAGACGGGCAAACCGAUCGUGAGCAUCACCAGGCGCAGCGCGGCUGACUGCUGUCGAGGGGUGGUUGUUGUGGGUUGUUGUUGUUGUUGCUGCUGUAGUCUUAACCUUUGGUGCCAGCGGUGAGUCGUGCUGUGGACCGGACACUGUCGUUUGGCCGGUCGGAACUGUUACAACCGGUCGGGCGGUUGGACGAACACACAUUCACGUCUAACCAGCGGGACGCGCUAGUGCUGGGAACAGUACUAGCAGCGCCUAGCCAGGGGCCGCAAUAGCAUCGACACGCAGGUAUCCCCGGGGCCAGAACGCACCGGCCCGCACAGCCAGCGGUACGUGGGCGCAGCGCAGGCCAGCGAUCAUGGCGAAGGUGUCGGCCAGCACGCACCAGGACCCGGCCAUCCUCGACAUGAUGGAGAUCAGCAAGAAGCGCCCGCCGAAGCUAAAGUCGGCCGAUCGGACCGUGUCGGUGCGCAUCGACAACUAUUCGCCCGGCAGCGGUGGUGGUGCAGGAGGCGCCGGAGGAUCUUCCGGUGGUGGUGGUGGCGGCGGUGGAGGAAGUCGGGAGGGCAGCGGGAGUGCGACGGGUGGCAGCAGUCCCAUCAUGCUGGACAAGAGCCUGAUCGUGCACCACAGCCCGGUGGAACGGUUAUCGCCCAUCCCGAUGCAGAAGCACUCGCCCGACCCGAAGCACUUCUUUCGCGGCGAAGCCUCACCGACCUCGCUGAAGGUGGAGGACCCGUGGAGUAUCGCCCGGAAGCAGUUUCGACGGUCCGACACGCUGCACGUGUACUCGCCCUCGAUGCAUCAGCUGCGCAAGGCCACCUCGUUCCAUUCUCGCAGCAACAGUGGCGGCUCGAAUCCGGACGAGAUCGUGGCGGCUCCCAUCAUUCGGCACAGCAGCGUCCGGCACACACAUAUCUAUCCGCGCGAGUAUCUUGUGAAGCAGGACAGCGGUGGAGGCGUGAGCAGUGGCGGUGGCGAGGACGAGGAUGAGGAGCUUACGGUGGCAGCGGCGGCAGCUGCAGCAGCUGCGGCCAACUAUCGCGCCCAUUCGCCCAACGUGAGUGCCAAUCGCCGGAACUGCCACAUGCACCGCUCGUUCAACGAUCAGCAGAAGCGCAAUGCGGCCUUUCUACGACGGGACUCGGUGAAGUUUCAUUCGCUCGGCGAAGACAUCCCGGCGGAGGUGGUCGAUCGGAGUCCACGGGAGACGAAAAAGUUCAGCUCGGCCAAUGCAUCGCUCGAGAACGAAAUCUAUCGAUCGCGCAGUAACAGCCGCACGGACAAGAAGGGUGAAUCGUUCUCGGAGUUUGUUAGCCGGCAGAACAGCAAGAAGUACAACCAGAAGAACAGUACCACCAGCCUCGAUCAGGCGCUCCCGUACGUGGGUGGUAGUGGUGGGGGUAGCUUUCGCCGGUCGCUCAUCCAACACUCGAACGCACACCUGCUCAGCCCGAACCCACCGUUUCUGGACGACUUUAAGCCCCAAAAGUCGCCCAUCUUCGAUCAGAAAAAGUCGUACUCGCUGCGGUACAAGAACGGGCGGCAGGAUGCGCGCGAAAACUUUAAAGCGAAAAAGUCGAAAAGCUUCAUCGUGGAUCUGGAACCACCGCCGCCGGCCAUUAUCAGCGCCACCGGGAGCCCGUACCGGAAGGAUAGUAUGGCGUUUACGCCCGAGGAAGCGGACAAGAUCUACAAAGCGUCCCGGAAGCUGUCCUCCAACCUGAUGCUGGAUGACAUUGGCCGCACGGAGAUAUCGCCCAUCCCGAUGGACAUCAUGGACAUCAACUACGGCGUGAUCAUGAAGACGUACCAGAUGAACCGCCAAAAGUCGCUCGGUGCCUCGCGCAAGGGCCGUCGGAAGUUUGCCGACAAGAAGCUGGCGGGCAGCAGCUUCGACGACGAUACCGAAUCGUCCAAGAAGCGGAAGCGCAUCGUCUGCAUCGUGAUGUCCGUCUUCCUGGUGCUCGCACUGUUUAGCGUGCUGGCCGUGCUGGUGACGCUCACGCACACCAGCUCGGGCGGUUCGAGCACGUCCACGCAAACCAAGACGCAGUACACGUUCGCGCGCGACACCCCGAUCCACGCCAUCCCCACCUACAUGGUGUCGAAGGACUCGCCCAAACACUACAACGGUGCCAAUUGAUGCGGCAACUUUAGCCGGUCCCGGCCGCUGAACGCACCGGUGUCGCGGUGGCAGGCGCGCGGUAGCGGUCACGGGAGCGGCGGCGCCGUCACGUCCGACGGCAUCAUCUGUCUGGUGGAGCAGCACAGUUAGUAGCGCCUGGGGCGACGUCGUCGUCGCCGGCGUAGUGUUGUAGCGGUUGCCCAUACGGAUGGAGCGGACGAGCGUAGCGGCAACAGCACCACCAGCGAGGACGUUACCGCCCAUCGUGGAGAAGUGGUGGAGGCAGUGGCGGUGAUGGUAGAACAGGCAGCAGGCGACAGCAUCCGUAGCGGCGGUGUAGUACGCGCGAACAUAACAAUAUCCAACGAAGUGCCAAGGACGACCCCGGCGCAACGGCACCGUUACGCACGAGGGCGGCCAAAUUUUUUUAGAAACAAUCUCAUCGGACGUCGAAGACGGGGAUGGCUGCGAACACGCGACGGCAUCGCUCGACUGCGAGCAGCACUGAUACGACGAGAGACGGGAGACGCGAAUGCCGAUACGACGGGCGGUGGCAGAGCCUAGCACCGGUUUUUAACCGAACGUAAACCGAACAUGCCACGGAGCUUACCAGUAGGACCUUUAAACAGCGUGAAGUAUAACAAAUUGUGCGAUUGUGCGAGAAAGAGAGAAGGAGAGAGAGAGAGAGAGUGUGUGUGCGAGAAACGUCCAGCACGAUCGGGUACUCGAUCUGGGUGCGAUCGGAUGCCCAGAACACCGGGGACAGAGGAAGCAAUCGCAAUCUACACAUAUACGAUACAAUAAGUGGAUCUAAUCUAGUGCAGUAUUAUCGGGAACGUCUAGAAACGCAAGCAACCUAUAACUCUAACACUAACAAGUAACGUUAACGUAAAUUACUCUAAAAGCAAAAGACAAACAUGAUAAACUAAAGCGGCAAAAUGUGGCAGAAGCAUCGCGUAUUACAUGGGUAAACAUUUUAAUAAGCAACACUAAAGCAGUUAAGCAUACGAGUAUAACCUGAGACGGAGGCGUGCAAGGCGAGUAAACGCUGCAUCUAACCCCUAACGUACACGCAAAACGCACACAACAAUAAAGAAGAGUAAAGUAAACUGAAAAAAAUAAUCAUUAAACGUUAAACGAACCCCCAAUCAAACAAACCCAACAAACAAACCAAAACCCAAAACAAAUCUUAAUCAAAAGGGCGCACGCACCAUCACGCAAGCGAAGUAAACAUAACAUAUACUAACAAAACUAAACAAAAGUAAAACAAAGAUAACCCAUAAUUUAAACUCCGUGUAUGCAAAACAAAGAAAACAACGUAGCCAAACUGAAGAUAAUGUGACAAAAAACGCGUGUAGAGUGUGUGUUGGUUUUUUUAUAUGAACAUAAAUACAAGCAUAGACUGCUGUAACCUUUCUACGCGGCGUGUAACGUGACGCAACUGUCAGUUGGUGUUAGUUUGGGGGGGGGGGGGGGGUGCGAUCGGGAACCAACCAAGCCAGCAAGAUAACGUACCUAACCUUCAGUGAAGCCUGGUAUACUGAUUCGUGUGACAACGUUUAGUUCGGUAGUGCCUAUUCCCGUUGGUUGUAGUAGUGUUUUGCUUUCAACCUGUCACCACUACAAAACCGGAAACUCGGGUCAACUGUCAACAUACUAGCAACAACAAAGCUAUAACGAAAUGGUGUUAAUUACACGUUUGAAAGCUGCAUGUAACGCACGGUAACACCUCAUCCAAACGUUUUCAUCGUCACACCGUCGGGAGCGCUGUCAUCCAGAUAGUUUCGGAUAGUUUCAACGCCAGUGGCCUUAAACAGACGUAAAGUGAAAGGAAAUGUGUACCACCCGCCCCGAGAGCAUCAUGGCCGGUGCAUCUGUGCGAUGGUGUUGGUUUGUCCGGUUAGGUUUCAUUUUGCUGCAAAAAAAAAACAAUCCAGACAUAAGAACCAUUUAUCGCUUAUCGGAAGUGCCAGUGCGCGGAUCGCAAUUAUGAUCUGAUAAACCAAACUUCAACAUGGGAGCGGGAAGGAGUUGAUCGCUCAGUGCGCCAAGAGAACGAACGGCUCAUGCGGGAGUCGCUCGACAGGGCGAAGAUGAUUAAAAACUACACCGAGUACAACCGGAUGAUUGGUGGCGAUGAAAUUCCUUAACGAUUUAUCCACGGUCCGAGAGGCGAUGCGCCCGCGUUGCAGACCUGCACCCUGGCCCUGCUAGCUGCCGACAUCUGAAACCGAGGGCGACACACGCACCCUUUUCGUUUUUUUUUUUGGACAUUCUUGAUAGCGUGGCGUGUGCCAGAAGGACUACCGACAGCAACCAAAACCGCACACGAUCCCAUGCUGAAGGGGUGAUGUAGGAACCGAGUGCUGAACGUGCUGCUGCCGGAAGCUACCGAAUGUAAUGAAAUCAACAGGCCAACUUCAACUUCACAAUCUCCACGGACCAAUUUUAGGUUAACUCGAUGGACCACCGUUACUUCACUUGAUAGACACGACUAGCCGGGGCAGCUUCAGAUGCAGCUCCAGCAAACAAAAAAAAGCCGAGGAGCCACAACCCUCUAAACAUACAGCUCGUCUGGGUAGAACAUAUUCGCAAUAGGGCAAUGACGGUGCAGCUUCCAACGUCUGCAUAUCGCCAUGACUAAUGUUUUUUGUUAACAUCGCCAUCGUUCUUCACACUUAAAAUGCGUCUGCCGGGGUAGAAGGCAGUAGAGACAGAACAGCUUCCCUCAGACAAACAAAAAAAACACAACCUCAACACACAACACAGUGUCGAAUGCAGAUGGCCUGUCGAUGGCUCUGUUUACCAAGCCUCACGAUGGCCCCAACCCCUCCCCCUAAGCCUUCAGCAACGGGCCCGAACAAAAAAAGUGUUCCAAGAACCUCUGACCAGCACCAGUGUGCCAGGGUAGUGCAGGAAUUUAGCGAUCGUGUUGGCAAUUUGAGCCAACGAUUACCGACGCACACCCGGGUGCACGUACAACAAAAACAAAAAAAGCCGGUAGAAAAGGUUCAAUUUCACCCAUUUCGCCCGGGAGAAGAGUUGUGCACGGACCACGCGUAAUGGUUCCCCGAAAUUUUGCCGCGUACAAACAUAAUCACUUUCACCCCAAUGGAAGGAGGGGGGGCGGUGGGUUGUUGGUUGGAUGGCGGGUGAAGAAGGGGAACAAAAAGGACUCCCCACAGAAAGAGGAAAAAAAGGCCACCGUUCUCGCAAAAGCACAAUCAAUUUAGUUGCUGUAGCGCUAUGCUCCAAGCAACAGGAGCCAGGAAUGGAGAAAGAAAAACCCAACAGACACACUCACUCACACACAGACACACAGAAUCCGCUAGAAUCCCGACGACGACAAUGACGGUGACGGUGCUUCCGAUUCUGGAUUAGUUUAGCGUUUCGCGGUUGCGGCAAUUGGGCAGCAGCUUUCUGACGGAUGGCGCCAUUUUUGUGUUGGAUGAUGUAGUGGGCUCUUUUUUUUUUGGUUUGCUUAUUUAUGGAAGUGGACAAAAAUAUGGAAUUUCACCUAGAUCAUCUUGCUCGGGGUUUUGUAAAUUAAAUAAGCUCGACCAAAAAAUGGCUAGUCAUUCUUUUGAUUUAGAGCGAAUCUUUCUUUUAAUAGUGGAUUGAAGCCGCGUCUAGUAAUGGUGAAAAAAGGUAGCAGAUUUUGUAAAACUUUUCGCAUUAUGGUAGAUCAAAAAAAAAAUUCUACAAUUUUAUAGUACAGUCUUAACCAGAGUUCCGCAGAUCUCAACUUACACGGGUUUGGAGAUUCGCGGAUUUGAAAAUUAUAAAGUACCUUGAGUUUAUUACAAGGUAGUCCAAUUCUUGAGUUUAAAAAAACGUUGUAUGAGGAGAAAAAAAUCUUUUUUUAUUUUCGAACGGCCUGACCAUAUUGCUAGAUACAAUAUUUAUAAAAUAUGAGUUGGAUCACGCGAAUCAGAUCACAAAAUUCGAAGUAUAAACGAUAUGUCAAGCAAAUGGUUCGCAUUAUCUGUGUAACUCGGGUGAAGACUGUCAUUGAUUUACUAAAGGUUCCCGCAAUUUCAACGCAAUUCGGGAAAGCUUCAAGCUUAACAAUCAAAUGUUUAUGUUGCUCAACUAGAACAAUUACCAGUCAAUAUUUGGAAUUCCAAACAUUGAUUAGCUACCUGUUUAAGUCAUUGUUUUGAAAAAGAGCGCAACUAACAUGAUUACUUCACGGACACAAAGCCACUAAGAGAGGUCAAUUCACAAUUCCAUCAAGAGAUGUUCAGUUUUGAAACAUCUUUUUCAAAAUAAUAUUGCUUAUAGAUUCACAGGAAAAUGCUCCAUAAAAUGAUACUCUACUGUGGAGACUUACUUUACUUACAUUGAUCCCCAGUGAAGUCUCAAGGAGGAUUUACACAACAAGCACAGACAUUUGUGUCCUUUAAGUAGUCCAUUGAGUAGAGUUUUACCCGUACAUAGUAUAAUAUUUUCCACAAGUAAUUUUACUACAGUUAGUCGAAAUACUCCUCGCGAAAAAAACGCUCCAAUCCAUCGUUACAUCAGUUCAUUUUUUUAAAACUAAAAUCUUACCUUAAAUGCAUAAUAGCAGCUAGCGAAAUUGCGUACUGUUGAUUAACUAGACCAGAGAACGAAAUGUAUUUUUUUAAUAAAAACUAUAUCAAAGUGGUUAAUUUUUUCUUAUUAAUCUUUAAACAAAUAGAAGAGUCAAACACACGCACACUAGGUGCACCGAAAGGGUUUUGCUGAGCACUUUCGGCCCACUGUAUUACGUUCCGGGAAUAGGGACUACCGUUGGUUUUUUAGUUUUGUCUACAUCGAUGUGUAUGAAAACCGAAUUAUUAUAGAAACGAAUCAAAAAACCCAAUUUGGCUGAAGGAAAUGGUUUGGGUGAAACCUCCCGACGUGUAAAAGGCGUGUAAUCGUGGCCCAAGAUAACUCAUAACCCUACACUGGAGUACCGCUGGGUCCGACAGGUUGAUAUGAUAAACUAAACGAUAGACAGAGAGAGAGAGAGAAAGAUCGUGAGAACGAGAGAGAGUUAGAAUAUAAUAAGCGUACAGGAUGCAGGGUAGUGUCGGAAGCAAAUGUUGUUGUGUUGAUGAUAGUAAUUGUUAAUAGCGUGUAAGAUUUUUAAGCUGAAGCUUCGAAGUAUGUUAUAUAGAUGCGUUUAUAUUUAGCAUUUGGGUACCGUGGGCGUGACGCAACCGGUUUUUUUGUAUGGCUUAACGUAGUUUCCGUUGUUCUCCCCCCGUUGUCCCACGCCACGUGUCCCCCCGCACAUGAUGAUGAAUGAGUGUCCCCAUCCCUACGAACGAAUGGCAACGAACAGCGGAACAGCGAAGGCCACCAAGUAGCCUUUACUUUAUUCGCCCACUUGUCGCGCUCAGGUGUACAAGACCAACCAAACAUCCACUCUGGCAGGGUGCAGGUCCGUUUACCUGCUAUUGACCAGUGAUAAAUUAAAAUGCAAUUUCUAUCCUCCAUGUCCAUGCAUAACACAUUAAAGCUGCAAGAGCAAGAAAAAAGCGAUCAAUAUAUUCGACGAUGCAGGAUCAACUGGGCCAAAGAAUCAUCUCCUGUCACUAAGCUACUAAGGGGGGGAGGUCUGCUCCACUAGUCAGCACUUUCAGGGCCGGUCAGUUGUGAAACAUGUAUCAGCGUAAAUCCUACCCCUACCCCGAUACCACCACGAGAGUCCUUUGAUCCGACUGGCCGUCCCGUCAAUCCCUCAUACAGCUGGUUCUUGCAACAUUUCCCAAUGAACUACCGAAUGCAACUGCCCUGUCAGGCCUCGUUUUCGUUGUGGUGCGUAUUUGGUCGCUUAUCUGGAUGACUCGUCUCCUACCAUGUCCUCUCUUCUAUUAUUUAAAUUCUGUACAAUUUUGAACCUCCUGAGCUGAGAGCAGAGACAGAUAAAAACGCUGCACACGGUCAGGUGGUCAGGUGCAAGGACCACAAUUUAUUAACAUCCCAUCAUCGCCAACAAGCUAGACCAGGGUAGAUAGGGCGGGAGUUGAUUGGGUGGAUGUCACAGCACGCAGCGCAAAUGAUAAUGGUCACCAGGUAUCACCACCAGCACCCGGCACGCUAUCAACGCUUAAAGAACCGGAUAAUUCGCCCGCUCGCACUCCACGCACCUGAUGUAAAUGGGCUGGUGUCCUUUCAACGCCCGGGGACCAGGUGUCACUUCGUUUUAAUACACCGAACCCAACGCUUUGAGCGUCCCACACACACACAACGCUGCAAAGUUGGAUGCGAUGCGAGUCUAGGAUGCAGGGUUUUUUUCCUUCCUUCUCUUUCUCUACUUCAAUAUCCGUACAUCAUAACAACGAUGCUGCUAGCGAUACUGAUGAUGAUGAUGGCCCUGGACGCACACACAGCCCAUAAACACGCAAAUUGAUCAUGAUUUUGGUGUUGGGCCGAUUUUGGGCUACGAUAAGUGAAAAUUAACUAGCUCCAAGGCAGAAGGCCCCCGGGAACAUCACCUGGAGUGGGGUCCGCAUCUGGGGGCCGAGCGCUAAAAUUGAGACGAUUUUCCUGACGACCCAACUGACUCCUCCGGUGGUCAGUAAGUACCGAUUCUAUACCGGUAGGCACUUGCGGCUAGAUUCGUUGCUCCAACCAUACGCGUUUUGAUUGAUGAUGUUGCUUACUGUUCUCGGCCGUCGCCGAGUCAAGCGCAAAGCAUUAAUAAAGAGCCCUCGGUGGGACAGGAUAGCGUGGAAGAGCAAAACUUGGCCGAAAGUUUAUUCCAACUCACUUUUGCAAUCUAGCAAUCGUGAAAUCGCUUAGGAGUGGCAUUUUUCCUCGCGAUUCUUGCGGAUUUCUGACACAGCAGCAGCUGUUCGCCGCUCUUUGCUGGUAGAAUCCUCCUUAUGCCAGGGCCCUGAUGAUAUUUAUAUGAUAUAUUUCACCGCGAACGAAUCCCGUCUGCGUCCCGGUGUGCGUAAUGUUGACGGGCGGCCCCAAAAUUAAUCAUUACAUCCCGCAAACUUUCCCUCACUCGGCGCUCAAACUUUCGCUCGACGAGUGUGCCCCGAAGGGGAAACUUUUCAACAGCCCAGCAAACCACAAAAAGAAAGGAAAGAGCGUCGUCCAUCACAAACCCGAUGGCACUCGGUGGCGGCCGCGAGCCCACAUAAUAACGAUGACUUCAUUACGGGUCCGUGACCAUCCGCGGGCAGGCUGGGAAGGGCUCGUGGUACGUGGAAAUCGUCCAGCAUCAUCCACGGGACGGGGCCAAAAGGAUAAAUUGUCGUGCUUCACAAAAGUUGACUAGUGCCAAAGUGAUUAUGCUUAUUUUGGCCUCACCGAUCGGCUGUCAACACACAAGGGGACACAAACGGUGCGCGUGUCUGUUGCGCGACUCGGCACGGCUCGGUACCGGCCAACCGAUUCCUUGACGACCAGCAGCAGGAGAAUGGAACUGGCGGGGGGACACAAAAUUUCAUUGCAUAUUUAUGAGAACGAAGAAGUUUCGGCAACUGACUGGUGUGUGUGUGUGUGUUGCGGCUGUGUAUGAUUGCAGUUCUUCUUUUUCUUGGCUUUUGUUUUUUAAGGUCAAAGACCGGUUUUUUUCUCUGUUCUCGGUCGGCCCAAAUCCUGCCGACCAAACUCGGCUGCAUUAUAUUUGAUGGUGAUUAUUGACCAUUCUUCGGCUGGGCAGUGGUAGCCCAGUGGCAGGGAGAGUGUGAUGAUAUCCUUAUGCCCCUCCCAACAAGCUGCCACAUUCCCGGAUCGUCGUUGGGUGGCGUGUUAAUUUGAAUUGGAAAUCACCAAUUACCACCAAGGCAAGAGGUUGAGUUCAAAAUAAUGUGAAAUCCGUACCACGUGUCCGAUAUCCCGGUCUGGGCGAGGAAAUGGGAACUACGAUGCGAACGUGGAAAUAAAUUCGCACCACAUGUUUCUGCGGGUCGGCUAUUUUUGCACCCAUUUUUUUGGUAUGCCCUGCUUUUUAUACACUGAGACGACUUUCUAUAGCCACGCCUAUAUUAUUGGUGCAAUUUGUUAAUUGCGUUUUUUUUUUCUUCUCUUUUCUUAAUCCAUUGUUAAUGUCGAUUUCAUUAAAUAACUAAGAAAAAAGUAAAAAAUUAAAAAUAGAACAUUUAAAUUAAAACAUAAUUUAAUUUUUAAAAAGUCGUACAUUUUUUUAGUUCAAAAACCGCAAUGUCAGUACAUGUGUUUUAUUUUAUUUUUAGACCGUUCCUAAUGAAUAAACAAAACCGCUCAAAUACCUCUAAAAAUUCAGCACUUGUUCAAAUAGGGCAGAAAAGUUUGCAACAUUUUUAUGUUAAAUUACAAUAAGUCCUGAUUCGAAACCGGUGCUUAUCUAGCCUAGAACUUAAAUUUCGUUUAAGUAAAAUUAAGAUUUCAGAGCACCUGACAUUUUCAUACAGAAAAGUAAUUUUUUUUUACCAGGUAACUAAGCUUAAAUGCUAUCAUCAGCUCAAUUUACGCUUAUUUACUCCACUUUAGUCAUCAUACUAUAUUUAAUUGCCGCAAGGCCUCUUAAACCUUGUUAAACAGCAGGUCUUGAGAGAACAAUUUUUCAUAGUAUGAGCUCCACGAUUUAUCCAUAUGCAAAGAAUGGCCCCAACAGCCAAGUCACUGGAUUCGGAAACUUCAAGUGGUUGAAUAUAUGAAUCAUGGUCCAGAAAUUUUACGUAUUUGUGCGUCAUAUCAAGCGAUAACUUCUUAUUAUUUACUUUAACUAAAAAUGCCUGUAUCUUUAACUACACUGUAGAGAAACUUAAACCUAUUUUAAUAUUUUUUGAAACAGAUUCAUAAUUUAUUUUUGUUAAGUAAAUUACUAAGAAUAUAGUAAGCUGUUGAGCCUUCGUAUGUAUUAGUGAAUGUAUUAAUUACCUUGUUCGGCAUAAAUUGCUAGCAGGAAGUCAUUCGAUGAUCGCAGGUAUAGCAAAUGGUCACUCAAAUUUAAGAAAAAGCUUAUUAAAUUAUUUAAUCAACCAACUAUCACAAAAUUUGUAAAAAACAUUGCUUUUAGAUGAACAGAAGUAUCUCACCAAAACCCUGAUAGUGUCUAUAUUCAGGGUGUGGCUAUAGGAAGUGUAAUCAGUGUGCAUUAGCGUGGCAAAUAUGGUUUCAUUUUAAGCAAACUUUGUAACGAUUUCUUCUCCCCUCCCCAACGAUUCCCCUCCCCUGGCUGCCAUUUUCUCUAGCACAAUUUCAUUCACAAGUAUCAUUCAUUUCUUGUCAGAUUUCUUUAUCGCAAACAAACACAUCCACGCACCAAAAACAGACCUGCCUUAACCAAGCGCACGGAUGUUCCACACCGGACCGGCGUUUAAUUUCUUCCGCACAGUAAGAAGGUGCAGCAGCGCACGGCAAACUUACUUCACGCCGAGCCAAUUAUAUUGUCCUGGAAACCAAUAGAGUGCCACUUCCAGCCGGACCAUUCCAUCGUCCAUCGGUUUCCACUCCAGCGAGCAGCAAUCAUAUCUUCGCCACUCGAGAGCAAAACGAGCCGCAAAACAAAACCAGAAACGUGUUGGCACCAUAUUAUUUAUAGUUUUGUGCAAAACUUCAGCAAAAACAGUCGUCGCAACAAAACUUUCGCCCACCUUAACGCGAACCUGAUUUUCGUCCAAUGAUGGUGGUCUACCUGUCCUGGUGGUUCUUUUUACCCCCCCCCCCCCCCCCUAGCUCUUGCAUACCGGAAGAUGUCAGUGUGGGAACAGAACGACUUACGGAAUUACUAGUAAAUGAAAGCAAACGGCAGGCACGUUGGAACAGGGAAGUUGGUAAGAAAAUUAAUCCAAUCUAACUUUUGCCUCGCGCCAUCAUUAUGACGGACGCUUUGCCACUAGGUCGACAAUGAGCAGAAACAUUAAAUUUCUGGCCCGCGCCUUUCGGUGACACAUUUUGCUACAAAACAAAAUGGACGCUGAUACAAAAAUCAAUUUCCGCCGGACCGUUCGCGCUUCCGGGGUUCGGAUGACCAGUCUGGUCAUCAUUGCUUGUUUGGUGGUGUUGGGGGGGGGAUUAAGCUCGCUCUUGUACAUUGAAAAUCUUCCGGUACGGUUUUGUUUCAGGGGUUUUUUUUCGCUCCGUUUUUUGAUUCCUUUUUCCUCCGUUCCGUUGCCAAAAGUGUCCUGAGGUCUUGUAAACUUGUUGCUAUGAUAGGAUUCGAAUUUAGCUAGGCAUGGGAGGAUAGCAGUAGCAGUCAAAAAACAAAAUCCAUUGUAACCUUUAGUGAUGGCCCUCCCAAGCCUUAUAACAGUAUUCAGCGCGUUAUCUGCGCGUUACAUUCGCACUCGGUAACGGUAACGCUCGACAGUUGUACAAAGCGUUACGGUGAUGAAAUUUAGAAAGAGAAAACGGUUUCACUUCCUUUCGGAAAGACGAAAAAACAGCAGCCAAUCAAUUCUUUAUGCUUGAAAAAUCGAUUAGGUUUUAGCCAAAACAGAACGAAAUAAAUCACACUCUAACUUUUGUUUUGUUUUUUCCAACCUUCUUUAGCAAACGCUAGUAGGAAAAUCGCUAAACUGCUCUUGUUUUCCUGUGUGUCUAGGUGAAAAAUGAAACAAAGCUUUCCCAUUUGAUGGAAAAUCGAAACGGUACGGAAAUGAGUCUACCAACAAAAGACAUGAGACCGAAUGACCGGUGCGAAAACUUUCUUACCGUAAUGUAUAAGUAGCAGACGUAUAGCAAGUGUAGCAGAAGCGGAAUAAAACAAACCUAAAAACACACACACACACGGCGCUCACCUAACUAUUAAUUGUGGCAGAUACGAUUUUAUACCGGUCGUAAAGAUGUAAACGAGAACGAGAAUAGAAUGGAAACUACUACUGUCGAACGAAACAGUGGCCAAACAUAUGGCAACAAGUAAACACUUUUUUACACUCACGCAACAACAACAACAACAAACACGCUAAGACAAAACAAUCAAAAGUGAACCCAACACGGAAACAGCUAAACAAUCCUUUUUAUAAAACUGUAAUGCAAAAAAAAAAUGUUUGAAGAAAUACAGAAACCUCCCCGGUCCGGUGCGGUACGAGCUAAAAGCCAAACUAUACUGAGCGAACCAGACUGAGAAGCGUGCGAAGCAGUGACUUAAAACAAAAUCGGUUGGUUGAAGUUUUGCGUCACAUUGAGCUCAUAAUUGUUCUAAAAACAAAAAAAAAACAAACCGGAAAACAUAGAACGGGUCGCUUUGGCGUAAGUUAGUGUACAAAUGCUAACGACGGUAGGGAGAUAAGUCAAAGAGAAAAUAAAACUGGCGAGAGGGGAUCUUUAAGUUACAGCCACAGACACAAUCAUGAAAAGCGUUACAGCCUAUUUGAAGUGAGAAUCCUUUUCAAUCCUUUUAAUUUUUUCUUAUUAGAUUAUCAAAUCAAAUGUUGAAUCACUUAGCCGAAUGUUGUAAAUGGAUUGUGGAACAUUGCACUCAUAUAAUGGAAUAUUUCAUACAAUCAGGAGAUAUUUGUAAAGUGACUGUAAAAUUUUCAGCCAGUCGUUUGAUGCAACCCUGGCAGCCUGUCGAAUUGUGAUACAGGGUUCCGAAUCAUAUAAUGGAACGUUUGAAUCGUUCGGUGGAAGGUUUCAACUGGCUAGUGGAAUAUUUCAGUAGUGACAGAGACAGUCUUCAAAUGGGAGGACCGGGGUUCAAAUCCUAUCCAGACCGCCUCCCCGUACGUAAGGCUGACUACUUUACUGCGGGUAAAUCCAGUUCACAGACAGCCAUAAAUUGUAAUGCCAGAACUUUCGAGGUUGAAGUGCCAAAGAAGAAGAAGACAGAUGAAAUUUUGGAAAGUUGCUAUCAUACAAUGGACUAUUGCAUUCAGUUAGGGGAAAUUCGUAACUCGGUUGGAGAACUUUGCAGUUAGCUUGUGAAAUUUCUGGCGAGCGUAUAAUCCAAUUAUUUUCAACUUUUAAAUUUCAAAAUGUAAUUGGAUCGUAAGUUUACAUCAGCCUAUUUUGAUGUUUGAAUAUGUUUUAUACAAAAAAAAAAUGUUUUACAAAAAUGUUGUUAGAAAAUUAUAUGCUUCAUAAUCAACAGCUAAUUGGGGUGGUCGAGGUGACAGAGGUGCCAAUUGGCACGGCAGGACCGGGGUUCAAAUCCUAUCCAGACUGCGUCUCUCCGUACGCAGGACGAUCUAUCUUGCUUACGGGUAGAAUCAAGUCUCAGAAAGCCAGAAAUGGCAGGCAUGACCUAAGAAGUCGUUAGACCAAGAAAGAAGAAGAAUUCGCAACUAAUUGCAAUGUGUUCCAUAUCUGCGUUGCACACUCCACUUAACUGAAUGAAAUACUUCAUUCUUAAAAAAUCCUCCGAGUGAUUCAAAAGUUCCAUUACAUGAUUCGAACAACUGUAAGUCAUUAAAUUGUUUACUUACAUUGCCGCGCCCCGUAUCAUUCACAUUCUAACGGAGCUACUGAACAAAAAUUAGUUGGAAAUACUGUUAGAAUUACCACUUCCUCAAAGCACUAGCUGAUUGCCAAGAUCCGUUCCGGUGGCCGAGGCGAUAAGGUCAUCGAUCUUCACACGGCAGGACUGGUGUUAAAAUCCUAUCAUGAUCGCCUCCCCGUACGUAAGACUACCUUGUCUUCUGGUCACAGAAAUUUAGAAAUGGCAGGCAGAGACCUCUCGAGGUUAUGCUGCUAAGGAAGAAGAAAAAUAGAUUGCAAAGUUUCACAGACGCGUUGGAAAUUUCUCCUAAUUGUAUGUAAUAUUCCAUUAUAUGAAUGCAAAGCCCUACAAUGUGAUUCAAAACGUUUCAUCAAAUUUUUUAAAUCUCUUUAUUAUCUUAUUUCACUUCAACAGAAACCCUGUGCAAAGCAGUUUAAAUUUUAAAAAAAUCCUCCUUCUGCUUUUGUUAACAAACAACAAAACAAUAAUUAAACAAAACUGUUUCUUAUAAAAUGAAUGACGCCGAAAAGCGGGGGAAAAGUCGAACCCGAGUAGCGUACCGAAAAAUCGCAAAGUAGUAAUAGUUACCCCAUUACACUAGUAAACACUAAUCCACACAUGCAAGCGACGAAGGAGGGGGGGAUUGGCAAAAAGGGGGAAAAUUGGAAUGGGGUAGGAAAACCGUGCGCAAGAAAAGAAAAAUCAUUAAAGAGACAUGUUUAUAGAUUAUUACACUUAAUGCAAUGUAAUGUAAACGGGGAAAAGGGAAAAGUGGAGACGUUAAUAAUAAAGAGAGAGAGAGAAAACACGCAACUAUACAAAACACAAGUGGGGAGAAAAAAAAAAGAUGUAAAAUCGAACACGUAAAAAUAACACAAAACAGAUAACAAAAAGGGAAAGCGAAACAAUUGUAAACAAAUUGUUAGCCGAAACAAAGGUAGACACUUACAGACACAGUUUAUGUCAGCGUUGCGUAGCUUUUCGUUUUGUUGUGCGGAACGAAAUGGAAACAAUUAUUAAAAAUCAAAACAAAAACAAACACGCAUACAGACAAAAGAAAACUUAAAAGUGAGAUAACCUAAAACAAACAAAAAAACAGUUGUACUUACUAGCUAAUGGAAUGAAACGGGCCAGACGGUACUGGGAGUGGCGAAUCGGGGAGCAUUUUGUUGGAAAAUCGUGCAAAAGCAGAAGCUAAUGAAGAAGCAAAUUGUGAGGUUAGAGAGCGUGAGAGAGCCUCAGCAGAACGUUGUAAAAUGGACACGAUGUUAGUGUAGUUCUUGUUAGAAAGGUGUUAUUUUUCCUCCCUUCCAGAGUAAUUGCGCGCCCUUUUUUCUGGCUGGCGUGAGUCCCUGGGAACUGGAGCUCUAAGGAGUGUGCUUGAGAGGAACAAAGGGACGUGCGUCUGUUUUGUGUUUUUUGGAGGGAACGGGAACCUGCUCGAAUUUAAUGCUGUCAAUAGUUUACAAAACUCAUACUCACAAACGAAUCAAAAGUAGCUAAUAACUGAAGCAACACACUAUGCCUCUGAGACAAUGGAAAACAAUCAAUGCAAACAACCAAUAACGAUUACUAGGGGGAGCUAACAGCUCAAUACCAUGCAGGAGGAUCGGGUAGUGAUCAACACUGUCCUGUAAGUCCGAUCAUCUUGAAGAUUGUUUUUAACAAGCACUACUUAGUCCCCUUUUAUCAUAACAAGUCCCUGCACCCAAGUUACAGGGUUUUUCAGUUGGUAAGGCAAUAGCAUCCAUUUUUAUGGCAGGCUCCUUAGAUGAAAUGGCAAACAAAGCUAGUUGAUAUGGAAACGGCUUCAGAUGAUAGGGAAAUCAAAUAUCUUUUGAUUGUGAUGUCCUAAGAUGAUAUUGUCAUAGUAGCCGUUGAUAAUGUAGGCACUUACCCGUGCGCUGGGAAGAUGCGUACCAUUUCAUCCUUGGAGCCUACAAUGCAAAUGGAUGCCGAAAAACCCUGUAAAUUGGAAUAGACUUCGUCCUAUCAUGUCAGAGCAAAAAAGGCAUUGGGCCACACACCUGUUCUCAUUGCCUGAAAUGAAGCUGUGUGUGUUUUUAAAAGUAGCCCUACGUUUUUUAUUCCGAAACAAUCUUCCUGGACCCCUUUUUAAUUGUAAGAUUGUAACACUUUAACACACACACACACAAAGCACCCCAAAGUUGUCACGUAACCCAGUCAAUGAAACGUUCUGCGAUCAAUUCAAGCGCCACCAGACGCACAAAGGAGCUAACUGUGAAGUUGUUAAGUAAGUGGACGGCCUCUGCUCCGUACCCGAGGAAUGUUAGUAAUGUUUUCUACAAUGGAGCUAAGGUAAAGGAAGGUUUGUAUGCAGCGGUGCAACCGAAAACUCAAUCUUAAAACUCUGAAUGCUCAAACAUAGUCCAAAGAAAAAUCAAUGAAACAAUAAGCUAAACACUGGUAUGUGUAUAAGGAAUCGGGCUCACCUUUUCACACAAUUGGCAUGCCAGUUGUGUACAUUCAGUCAAUCAACGCUAGACACACCCAUUUUCACUAUUCCCUUACCUAGCAGUAAAGCAACACGUGUCUCGUACUAGCAAUAAAAGAACAUUUUGUCGAACAAUACACACACGAAGAGACAGCAGAUUUUACUACACUCUUUGGCAAGUGCCACCAUCUUUGUCCGUGCGCCACCAUCGUUCCCCCGAUAGCCGGAAGCUGUCGGGACAGUGACCCGAGAACCGAUCAGUUCUUCAGCACAUUACAAAGAGAGAAAGAGCGAUCGCGGGAAGGUAUUGGUUGGCCUGAAGAAUUGCUCAUCCGAUCUAUUGGCGCUGGAACCGGAAAGACGUAGCGCUCACACGGCGUCAGCUCAUAAUAAUAAUAAUAAUACCUUGGAUAGACGAGAUAGACGAGACGCAUGGAGAAAGAUGAAGGGGAAAGGUAGUAGGUAAUACACACUCUCACACACACACAAACACACACACGAGCAAAAGAGUAAUGAAAGCGAAUGUAAAAUUUCAUUGUAAUGUUUUGUAUAAAAAUUAUUAAAAAGAAAAACAAUGGGACAGAUGUUUUUAUGGUUAAAUAUAUAGUAUUCCAAAAA